AUGUGUAAUUCUGACGCAACUGUUUCUUUUUUUCUUGAUUCAUUAUCGUUAUCGUCAGCCCAGGCUACUGUCAGUGUGAGUGCUUCCACAUCUGGAUACGGUGGUUUACGCCAGCCAGGAAUUUACAUCUUGAGGUGGAGAGUUGAUUACCCCUCAGGAAAGUUUAUUGAUUCUAUCAAUCCUGAUGAUCCAGAAUACAUUCGUCAAAUGCAGCGACCUGCUGUUGUGAAGGAAGAUGUUAAGCAGAUGGAAGACCGCAAACGUGUCUCAAUUGUGCUUAACAGUGAAGCUUUUCGAGAGGAAUUGGAACAAAUCAUCCAUGAGCACAUGAAGGCUGGGAAUCACCCAGCAAGUUUGGCACUACAGCAGAUCACAGAGCUCCUACUGCCACACUCUAAUCUGCGCAAUAAUGGAAUAAGAGCAUCUCCGGUCAUUCCAAUUCUUGACAUCAGAGGUAUGGAAUCUUUGGGCUACUCAAGGCAAGAGAAGAUACUCCGUUGUAAGCUAGCUGCCUGUUAUCGUUUGGUAGACCUCUUUGGGUGGUCACAUGGAAUUUACAAUCAUAUUACCGCUAGAAUCAACCAAGAGGAGGAACAUUUUCUGAUUAAUGCUUUUGGACUAAUGUAUGCUGAACUUACUGCUUCCUCUCUAGUCAAGGCAGGUUUCACACUCCACUCAGCCAUCCACCAAGCCAGGCCAGAUAUCCGCUGCAUUAUCCAUCUUCAUACCCCACCUGUUGUUGCCGUCUCAUCUAUGAAGAGUGGUUUGUUAGCAAUAUCACAGGAAGCUCUCAUCUGUGGAAAUAUCAGCUACCAUGAGUAUAAUGGUAUUCUUGUGGACCAAGAAGAGAGAGAAAAACUGUCUCGAAGUUUAGGACCGGCAAACAAAGUCAUGUUUCUACGUAAUCAUGGUGUGGUGGCUUGUGGUGAAUCAGUGGAAGAAGCUUUUCACUAUGCAGUAAAUGUAAUGAGAGCCUGUGAAACUCAGAUCAGUGCUAUGCCUGCUGGUUUAGACAACUUGAUUCUUGUUGAUUCUGAUAUACAAAAGAAAACUUUCGGACUGGGCAGUCAAGGAGGUGGUGGUGUAGAUACCAGUGGCCGAAAAUGGAAGACAGGAGAACUAGAAUUUGAAGCUCUCAUGCGCAUGUUAGACAACUCUGGUUUCCGUACUGGUUAUAUCUACCGUAAUCCACUAAUCAAGCAGGAGAAAGACCAUGGAAACAGUGAUAUUGAGGUACCACCCACAUCCAGCUCGUUCACCUAUGUAUAUGAUGGUGAAGUUGAACGCUCCAAGUAUGUAUCGCCAUUACGUACAGCACUGGAGCGACAAAAGCAACAACAAUAUAAAGCUGGCUGGCUAAUCUCUCCCAACACCUACAAGAAACAAGAAAUUGAUGAGAUAGGUACCCCAAACCCAAAGAAAAUAACAAAGUGGGUUUCUGAGGGCACUGAUGGUAAGAGUACAAAUGUGAAGAUUGAAAAUCCCAACCAAUUUGCACCACAAGGGACCAAUCCCAAAGAAUUCAGAGAAAAACAAAAACAGAUCCGCAAGGAUUACUAUGAAGAAAGAGUGCAUGCAGGUCCUCAGUCCAGGGUUUUGGAAGGUGCUACUUGGGAAGACGCUCAGAAAAUGAAAGAUGGUACAUUGAGCAGUGCAUCUGACAGUGUAAUGAUUGUGGGUGCUGCAUCUAAAGGUAUUAUUCAGCGUGACCAUCAACAUAAUGCUGUUGUCUACAAGUCACUUUACUCUCCUAACCCAUUUGAGAACAUCUCAGAAGAAGAACUCGCUAGAUAUAAGGAAAAAGUAGAAGGUAAAACAAAAGGGGAACCAGAUUCUGAAGAUACAGAACCUGCCCCUGAUGGUCGCCUUAUCUCCACAGAAGAAAGGAUGCAGCAAAUUCGUAAUGAGGGAACUGACUUGAAAACAGAAGCUGAAGCUGACUCUGCUGACCAAAAUAGGUAUAUAAACACCAGUGUUGAUUCUGAGCCUGAUGCAGGCCAGACCAGCCCAGAACCAGUUAUUCCAGUCACUGAAAAUGUUUCUGAAAACCUAUCACCAGCCUCCUCUCUUCAGAGAGCCGAAUCUGAGAGACAACCUCGCCCACCUGAAUUGAUCCAUGAACUGCAGAGACGCAACUUGGAACGGUCAAAGUCUGACCGGCGACCUGGUGAGAAAGGUGAUGAUGAAAAACCUGGAUCUCCUGCCAAGUCAGACACUUUGCGGUCAACAGACAGUGCCAGUGGAGGUGAAACUCUGGACGACAGGAGCAGCAAGGAGGGCUCUCCUACUAAGGAACAUCCAUCACCAACCAAGGAUAAGAAGAAGAAAAAGAAAUUCCGUAUGCCAUCCUUCUCUAAAAAGAAGAAGGAAGCCAAGGAAAGCAAGGAGUAG